CAAAAAUAAUUAAAACCUGUACUUCAAUUAAUAAAGGAUAUAUUUUUGUGUAUCUUGCAGCUUCUAAGACCCAGACCAAAGAAGUUGGGCCUUGGCACUGCCUAUAUCCAUGGAAUGAAGCAUGCCACUGGGAAUUUUAUUGUUAUUAUGGAUGCUGACCUAUCUCACCAUCCAAAAUUUAUUCCAGAGUUCAUCAGAAAGCAGAAAGAAGGCAAUUUUGAUAUUGUAUCUGGAACAAGGUAUAAAGGAAAUGGAGGAGUAUACGGUUGGGAUUUGAAAAGAAAAUUAAUCAGUCGUGGUGCCAAUUUCAUAACUCAGGUUUUGCUGAGGCCAGGUGCAUCAGAUUUAACAGGGAGUUUCAGGUUAUACAGAAAAGAAGUCUUACAGAAAUUAAUGGAAAAAUGUGUUUCUAAAGGCUAUGUCUUCCAGAUGGAAAUGAUUGUUCGGGCCAGACAGCUAGGAUACACGAUCGGAGAGGUUCCUAUUUCGUUUGUUGACCGCGUCUAUGGAGAAUCUAAACUAGGAGGCAAUGAAAUAGUUUCCUUCCUAAAGGGACUCCUGACAUUGUUUGCUACCACAUAAGAUUUGCUCCUAAAUUCCUUUCUUUAGAAAAACACUUCCUGCCAUCGCUACGGUUCUUAGCAUAUAACAGCAGAAGUUUGAUAAUUUCCCUGGAGACCAGAAGACCUGCUAUAAACUAACAGUUAAACGAACUAAAAAUAAUUAACUAAAUGGACUGUAUUGCAAAAUGCACCUUUCAAAAUAAACGAACUGUAUGUGAAACUAGUCAAAAUAAAGACAUAUACCCUGUACUACUUUUGUAUAAAUAAUGUCUUAAUAAAGAACACAAACAGAGCUGAAUGAUUUUUUGCAUUUAGAAUUGAAUCAUUAUUCAGCAGAAGCUUAAAGAUGAUUUUGAACUAAAGCCAUGCAUGGUCAUAAAUAGAGAUUUCUUAUCUUUGUUCUGUGUUCUGCAGAUAGUAUUUUCAACAUAUGACACUGAGUUGGAUUUCUUUCCUCAGCAUGGACAUCCAUGGUUCUUAGAGUUGAGCAAAGGUGUUUUUCUGAAACUGACGACAACUUGUGUUGUUCAAGAAAUGCAGAUAAAUACAAUGAUCUCUGAAAACUUAUUUCAAAGCUGGAAGGAUGGAAUAUUCUUUGGGUAAAAAAGAAUAAUUCUGGAAUAUUUUCAUAUUCUGUAUGCAUGUCCAGAAAUAAAUGAUUCCUUUGGUUUUGU